CGCAAGAAAAGACGUCUCUAAGAAUACUACUUGUGCUUGUGUGUAUACAUUUCUUUUUAUUAUAAUAAAAAAAAUUUAUCAGAUUUGCCUCAAAUUCCAAUUCGACGCAAUAUUAAUCUAGGUUUGCGAAAGGAUUAUUUAUAGAUGAAUUCCUCCAGUUCUCCGCAUCUGGCAAAUGGCUCUAAAAAGCCAGAACCAGUAAAGAAUCAAGGGCGUUUGUACAGUAUGAAAUAUUGUCCUUUCGCUCACAGAGUACGACUGAUACUCACUCUAAAACAGAUUCCUCAUGACAUUGUCAAUAUUAAUUUGCACAAUAAGCCGGACUGGUAUUUCCAAAUUCAUCCAGAGGGCAAAGUGCCAGCUUACGUAGACAUAGAUGAUAAAGUAAUAACAGAUUCUGUUGCAAUAGCAAAUUACUUGGAUCAAAAAUAUCCUGUGCCUCCUUUAUACAAUGAUAAAACAAAAAAUCGUGAUUUAGAACUAUUAGAUCAUUUUUCUAAGAUUAUGGACACUUUCUCAAAUUGUAUACAUGACAAAGAUAAGAGAAAAUUUGAAGAGAUUAUAGUUGAGGCAAUGGACAAUCUACAAGAAUUUGAAGAAGAGCUUGGUGUACGCAAGACACCUUUUUUUGGAGGAAAUAAUCCUGGUAUGUUGGACAUUCUAAUGUGGCCUUGGUUUGAGCGUGCAAAGGCUCUGACUAUACUUUACAAACAGCGUGCAAGUCUUGACAAAGAGAGAUUUCCUAAUCUUAUGGACUGGUUGGAUGAAAUGAAAAGUCAGAAGUUUGUCGAGGAACACAAAUGCUCCUAUGAAAAGUUUGCAAAAUUUAUAGAAGCUUCAAAAGCGGGAAACAUUGAUUAUGACAAUAUUUAAACGCAUUUGCGUAAUAUAUCAAAAUGCCGUAAGAAUAAAUAUCGCUUAAUAUAAAUGACAUAUUAACAUUCCAAUAAUAUUAACAUCAAUAAUAUAAAAAUAGUAUAUUGAAUACUUCUUCCUUAUCUCAUUUGUACGUUCUUAAUUUUAUAUAAGUUUAAUAUGUGAUGAUUAAUAUGUAAUAUUUUUAUACUCUCUUUUUUAAAAACCGUGCAUACCAUGUAGCAACAACGCUUUUUAUACUUUAUUUAUAACUAUAUUACAAUACUGCUUGAUGCAGUCUAAUUUAAAUAAAGUAAUUUAGUAUUAAAUGUAAUUAAAAAAGAUAUUUCACAAUAUUAUUAAGAGUAAUUACAUUCUACAUUUUAACAAGGUACUAACGAAGCACAUAAUUAUAUUCUGUGCUAUAUUAUAAUUAUAAUAAUCACUGUUAAUGUAAAGUGUAAAUUAUAGCAUUUAUAAUAUACGUUGAUCUUUUAUUGUU